GUGGCGUGCUGCGUACGUCAUUGCACAGUUCGUAUUUGCGUUAAAGCCUCCGCUCGCUCCCACGCAGAAGACAGCCACUGAGCAAAUUGCACAGCUUUAACCCGUGACCUCCGCUGGAAACGCACCUCUUUAAGUAAACAAGGGCUGGAAGAAUGAGGGCCAGAGCCGGAGCACUUUUGUCCCUACUGUUCGUUUGCACAGUGACUGCAGUGCCUGUCUUGCAAAAAAGAGCCAGUAGGGAGGUAGCCGACGAGGUGCAACAGUUGGAUCAACUACGGAAAGGAUCAGGAGGCAAAGGCGUAAGCGUAUUGAAGACGCAGCAGUCACACUUUGUUAACGUCAAUGGGAGGAUGGAAGGACAGAGGACGAAACAAGAAACAGUGAAGGAUGCCAGUUCUGAUGCCACUUUGGCGAGCAUGAAAGAAGCAACAGAAGUACAUCAAGAAGGACCAGGGGAAAAGCCCCACGGGAUCACAAGGACACAGAUGGACAUCCCGUCCCUGGGAAUUCACGACACACGCGUCGAAGACAGCAGUGUACCCUACCGUCAAAUGAUGGUUGAGAAAAAAAACCCCAAUCCAGGUUAUCCAUGGAUCGGAGAAGAAACAGAGAGACCUGAGUACACUCCAGCCGACCUUGCAGAAUAUAUAAUUCGAACUGGAGACGAAGAAGGAGUAGCAAUGGCCGUCGAAGAGCUGCUCAGGCAAGGAUCGAUGGCGAGAGAGGAGGCCAUUGUGUACCUGCAAGACGUCAAGGCGGAGCUGAACUACCUCCGAGCACAGCAGGAGAAACUUCAUAGAAUUCAGGAACUACGAGAGGCGAUCAACAUGAAAAAGAAAGACGAGGCUAUAUAUAAGCAAGCUCAGCAAAGAAUGAACAAGAUGAGGGUACCGACCGCCAAAGAAGACAUCCAUGUCGAGAAAGCUCUUCCUCUUCCCAAAGCGCCAGCUACGAAACAGAAGCAAGCCACGACUCAAGUUUCCAAGAUGACUCCCGCCGUGAGCACCAAGCCCUCAACAACGGUAGCGCCUCCUCAGCAGACUUCCCAGAGGGCUUCUGAGGAGUCGGUUGCAAGGUCUCCUUCCGAGAAACGCCUUCAAAUGCCACUGAAAUUGACUCCCGUAGACAUAGAACGAUUUACGGAAGACCGCGUGCCUCCACAGUCUCAGCAAGAAGCCGAGGUCGUAGCCAUGUUGCAGAAGCUGAAAGGAGCCUCCUCUCAGUACGAUGAGUACACGCUUGAGGAAGUCAUCUAUUGGCUCGCCAAGGAUAUGCUCGCACAUAGCAUAAUUAAAGGUGAUCAAAGCGCCGAAGAAGCGUUGGCCCGAUUUGCAACUUUUGUUGAAUCGCAAGUUGCCCAGAAUAAGAUCUCCGGUGAAGUAGAGAAGAAAGUACUAGAUAUAAUGUUGGCGGCCUUAGUUGACAUUCUGCGCGAGCUUUCAUCGAAUCAGUACAACGCCGCUGGAAGUCGGAUACCUCAAGGCCCGUUCCUGCCCACUGCUGAACGCGUCCUCCCCAAGACUUCGGCCUACGAAAUAAGAAAUUCGGCCAUUCGACCACUGCAGGAAAUCAAGAAAUCAGACCCGGCAGAGAAGCACCUUGCUGGAACGACAUCCACAGCGCAGAAAUCUUAAAGGUGGAAACAGGAUGAUAUUUGAAGUGAAGUUGAAGUGGAAAGAGUAAGCGCCCUGCGGUUCCAGGCCGUUCCUCCUUGUCAUUCCUUUUCUGCAUCUGUACAGCUGGUACUACCGCGACAUCUGCGGUCCAAACGUUAUCGUGUUCAUCAACACGCACACUCAGCACUCGUUAUAAUCCGAAUAUACGCAUAUCUAUUCAACGUGGUAUUCAUGUUCUGCUAUACCAGUAUACGUUAUUCACGCACGAAACAUAGCCCGUUAUAUUAGGAGAGCGGCUAUAGGAACAGGAAAUGAAAGACGUGAGGGAACAGAAAAGAACGCUCGCAAACACAAGAUUUUCUGAAGAACAAAAUAGAAUACUUUCCUGUUGUCGUACAUAUUUUGCAUGGGAAAUUCACAGAGAUGAUGGUUUGCAAUGUAUUUCGCGGUACCAAACGAAACGUGUUUGCCUUUCGUGAUGGAGGGAACAUGUCGCUGAGCGAAGUCAAAACGAGUUAACACACUGUUCAGCUCUGGAUUGAUCGCGCACUAGCUGUGUCAUAGUACAGCUCACAAGCGAGGGCUAGAUCCCUGUCGCUCGAUAGUGCUUCCUGUAUGAAUGGCCAUUCAUUUUGUAUUGCCACUUGUGGGAUGGGGCAAGACGUAAUGCUUGCCUUCAUUGUCAUAAAUUUUACCUUCUUUCCCACUUGACGAUCACCUUUAGAGUUUUAGAGGGGUCUGACAACUAAGCGUUCCAGUAACUUUCACAGUCCCAAAUAAACUGCAAAACGUGGCAGCGGCAUCAGAGGUAUUCAUUUGAAAGCCUGGGUUACCUACUGGAUCUUGUCUGACUAGAAAGCUGCAGAAACACGAAGGAAACAAGAGCUCUGUACUACCGUUCAAAAGAGCUAUGAAGAAAUAUCUACCUCAAGGAUUUAUCUCGAAAAUGGGCUGCAGGGUCUUCACCUUCAAGGGUCAUUUUCCCGCGAUUUUACGACAUUUCAAUUGCGAAAACUUGAACUUUGCGGACGGAAAACUUUUGUUCAAGGCUCCCUCACUUCCUGCUCCUCUUUUUCUUUAUAGUUUCUCUCUCUCUCACUCUCUCUCUCUCUCUCUAUCUUUUUUUUAAAGAAACGACGAUGCCUAGGAAGGAUUUAUCCCAUUCCGAGAUUUGGCCUGUAGUGGUAUUUUAAGGAUCGUUGGAGUAGCAGAGCGAGCGACAUUUAUAUCGAUACUUGACUGUGAUCACAAUCAUUGCUCCACGUAAAGCUUGCUCCUCGACGCUAUCUUGCUUGUUACGAACCAUCCUGCGUUGUGACGAUACAUUCAUGGAGAGAACAGUAGCCUGCAAGCAGUACUAACUAUUUCCGACCUGCUGUGUCUACUGCAGUGUCUCGUUGUUUUGGUAACUCGCCAACACUGCGUCCAUCCGUCCUGUCGCUCGCAGACCUCGUACCACUGGCGAUCAGUACGAGCAGCUACACGCAAACAGAUAGACCUCGACUGUCGAGGAGCGUUCACCUCCUCUUUACGCCAAGCGACUGUGUGGGGCGCGGUUGUAAGUCCUCACAAACAGUGCGGGCUGCAUUCUUGGAAAAACGGUGGCUGUGGUGGUGGCAAUGAUGUGAACAGCUUGCUAUUGUUGGGUUCACAAUUGUGCGCAUCGUCACUGCUGUGGCAGGGAGAUUAGAUGAGAAGAGAAGACGAUGGUAGGAGGUGAUUGCAAGCGAUCGGUCGGUGGUUCACCGGCCCUUCAAAUAUUUUGCUAGAUCAAACUAAAUUAGGCCCAACAGCUUAACCUAGCUCUCUAGCUGGGUCCAAAAGGUUUCCAAGCUAGCCUCGUUUCAAGAAUGUAUUGUCAUCAGUUUCGAUGCCCGUUUCAAGAAAGGAGCGUGCUAGAUUCUCGGCUCUGACGCGUCUCUUCGAGAACGCAGCUCUCGUGUGCACAUUACCCCUUAGGGUACCGUACAAUAGUAGUAGAUGAGGCACUUGAGCAUAGAUGGACAACACAUCGGGAGCCUCACAACCCCCAGUUGCAUACUUCAGUUGAAUAAUGGCAGUUGAAGAAA